CUUAAGAAGCUAUCUUAUAAUUUAUUUGUAUAUCAGCAGCACCAACAACUGUUCACUAGUAGCUGAAGCCUCAUUGUAGUUGACGUCACCAAAUCAUUUAUAAUGGAAGAAAAUUCUGGCAGUACUCGUUUGAUCCUUCAUCCUCUGGACUUAUCAGAUAUCAAUCAGAACCAGUGUUCUUGGCCAACGCAGGUUAGCGAUGAUGAGAACAAUGGAUCAUUCUCGUGUAAGGACAGUCCAAUAUUUUCUGUUGCUAUGGGAAUGAAAAGAAAACGAAACAUAAUGCAGAAAAAAAAUGAACAGAAUGCCAAACCAAGAGCAAUGAAGUACCAGUGGAAGGUGGCAGCCCACAAAGCUCUUUAUAUGGAAGACCCAUGGAAGGAGUUUCAUCUAGAUGAAUUGGAGGUGGAAACAGCCAUCCGUUACCGCUACAAUGCCCUCUGUAAAAAAUGGGUGGUGGAUAAAGUUAAUAUAAAGAUGGCUAAAGAGCCUUUUAACCAUGGGGCCAUGAGGUCAUGUUAUAGAGUGAAGAAGCCAUCUCAUGUUUCUUCUGGUAACUGGGCUCAUGCGUCUAAUUAUGUUGCUAAAAGAUACAUGGAAGAUGUGGAUCGGAAGAUAUAUUUUGAAGAUGUGAAGUUACAGAUGGAUGCAAAAUUGUGGAGCGAAGAGUAUAAUCGUCAUAACCCACCAAAAAAGGUAGACAUAUUCCAAAUGUAUGUUAUAGAACUCUGCAACAGAUCUGGGAAACCUCUCUACCAUUUGGAACAUUACAUUGAAGGAAAUUACAUCAAAUAUAACUCAAACUCUGGCUUUAUUAGUAGAGAAGCAAUUCGACUGACCCCUCAGGCUUUCAGCCAUUUUACCUUUGAGCGGUCAGGUCAUGAGCUAAUCGUGGUCGACAUUCAGGGAGUUGGUGACUUGUACACUGAUCCACAAAUCCACACAGUUUCAGGAAAGGAAUAUGGGGAUGGAAACCUUGGAAUAAAAGGAAUGGCCUUGUUCUUCCACUCGCAUGUUUGUAACAAUAUUUGUGGAAGCCUUGGCCUUUCACCUUUUGACCUUGCUCCAUCUGAGAAGAGAGUCAAUAAAAAGAUUUUACAGACACAGCAGUCUUGCAAGACCAGAGUUCGUGGUACAGAGGAAAUUUGCAUUCUUCCUUCUCAGUAUGAGCGAUCUCAUCUGACAGAAUUUCUGCGUGCUCGUACUCCGACAUUUAGCGAUUCGUCCCCCCCAGAUAGUCCCAUAGAUGCCGAAAUCAGCGAUUCCUCUCGGCAACCAAGAAGUAGUGAAAGUAGCAAUCGCACCAUGAGCUACAGCAGCGAAGACAUGGAUGGGAAAGACGAGGAGAAGAGCGAGGAUGAUUCGGAUGACUGCUGCAAUCUUGGGAACAGCUCGGACUCUUGUAUGGGAUCUUUACGGAGGAACAGAUAUGACUCUGAGAGCAGCGCCACAUCAGUUGAUGAACAUGAUCGUAUAGCUUUCCAAAACCUACUUGCUCGUAAGUCUCGCCCUUCCUCUGUCCUUAAUGAAGUCCAGCUAAGAAAGUUGAUGGAAAAUACCGACAACAUAAAGUCAGAGACUUCUGUGCUGGGACAGGUCCAUCUAGAAAUGGCCAAAUACUAUGAACUAGGACGAUUUUUAGCAGAGGAUGAAGAAGACUAUGAUCAUGAUGCUGCUCUCUUUCACAUGCAGCAUGCUGCAGAUUGUGGUAUUAUGGAAGCUGUGAUCAUCAUGGCUCGUCUCCACUUACAUCUUCAGCAUGACUUAUUGGUUGGGAUCUCUGUGACUGAGAACCAGGAGAAAGGUGUGGAAUUCAUGCUAAAGGCUGCCAAAGGAGGAGACAGAGCAGCUAUCAUUUUUAUGGCUAAAGCUUAUGAUACUGGAGAAAACCUUGGGCUUGUAAGGUCCAGGUCCUGGAAGGAGGCAGUUUACUGGUACGAUAGAGCAGUCAAUAUGGAAGAAACUGAUGCAGGAGGAGAAUUUGACGCAUGCAUGGAUGAUCCUACUUACCAACUUCUGUCACGACAGGCAGACUUGUAUCGUCAGGGAGGAUUUGGCCUUGAAAAAGACCCUAACAGAGCAGGUGAACUGUAUCAGGAAGCUGCCGAUGCUGCUAUGGCAGCUAUGAAAGGUCGACUGGCCAAUAAGUUCUACAUGCUAGCAGAAGAGGCAUGGGGUGAACUGGAAGAGUAAAUUAAUCCUUCAAGGAAUGACCCGUGCAAGUUUUGAAUGUUUUUCUACUGGUAUUGACUGACAAGAUUGUUGAUACUGGUUCAGUGCUACAGAUUAAAAAAAUGACACUGUUAAAUGUAACAUAAUUUCUCUACAUUUAUGCUAUUAUUUGAGAUACACUUGUGAAAUAGUAGUAGUUUAUGUAUAUAACCGUGAUCGCUGUGGAAAUUAGACUAGUUUCAAAAAGUGAAACCCAGUGGAAUAACAUUUUAAAAUCAAUGUUAAGGAUGCAAAUGUUGAAAUGUGGUAUGAUUUACGAACUUAUGAUCAAUAAAUGUGAAGACUGUGAAAGUUACGAAGGAUUAUAGCAGUUGGGAUGAAGCGAUGUGUUUUAGUGGCCCCUGGAAUUUGUUAGGUAUAAAAAAUAAACUUUAGAAUUUGUAGAUAAAAUGCUAUCAAACGUGACAAUACGAAGCUUUUAUUAAAUGUCUCAGAAUCGUCAUAAUUCCAUCAUCGGUAGUCGAGAGGUACAAAAAAUAUUUCUCUCAACAGCCAAACACGAUACUGUACUUCUUAUAAAAAAAAAUUAUACAUAAAAAAAACUCUUUUCUCAUCCCUAAAUAACACACAGUCUUCACUGGAUUUAAACCUAUUUUAAAUAUUUAACUUGUGCCAAAUUUUCUCGUGUUACAAUUGUAUAUAAAACUCUAAUAUGUUUAGUACCUCUGUUAAAU